AUGCCCACCAUGGACCAUAUCCUCGAGCACGUAGGGGACUUCCACUUCUUCCAGAAGAGAACCUUCCUCCUCCUCUCGCUGCUCUCGGCCGCAUUCACCCCCAUCUAUGUGGGCAUCGUCUUUCUGGGCUUCACCCCGGACCACCACUGCCGGAGCCCCGGGGUGGCCGAGCUGAGCCGCCGCUGCGGCUGGAGCCCCGAGGAGGAGCUCAACUACACAGUGCCCGGCCUGGGUGAGGCCGAUGGGGCCUUCCUCCGCCAGUGCAUGCGCUACGAGGUGGACUGGAACCAGAGCUCCCUGAGCUGCGUGGACCCACUGGCCAGCCUGGCCCCCAACAGGAGCCACCUGCCGCUGAGCCCGUGUGAGCACGGCUGGGUGUACUACAUGCCCGGCUCGUCCAUCGUCACCGAGUUUAACCUGGUGUGUGACCAUUCCUGGAUGCUGGACCUGUUUCAGUCAGUGGUGAACGGCGGUUUCUUCAUCGGCUCCAUGAGCAUCGGCUACCUAGCAGACAGGUUUGGCCGCAAGCUCUGCCUCUUAGUCACCAUCCUCAUAAAUGCGUCGUCUGGAGUCCUCAUGGCCGUGUCGCCCAGCUACGCCUGGGUAUUGAUCUUCCGCCUGAUCCAAGGCCUGGUCAGCAAAGCCAGCUGGAUGAUAGGAUACAUCCAGAUUACGGAGUUCGUCGGGCCAAGUUACCGAAGAACGGUGGGCAUUCUGUACCAGGUGGCCUUCACCUUCGGCCUGCUGGUGCUAGUCGGGGUGGCCUACGCCCUCCCUCACUGGAGGUGGCUGCAGCUCGCUGUGACCCUGCCCAACUUCUGCUUCCUGCUCUACUACUGGUGCAUCCCUGAGUCUCCAAGGUGGCUGAUCUCCCAGAACAAAAAUGCCAAAGCCUUGAGGAUCAUGAAAUACAUUGCCAAGAAGAAUGGAAAAUCUCUGCCCACAUCUCUUCAGAGCCUGAGAGUAGACGAGGAAGUCAGUGAGAAGCUCAGUCCAUCCUUCCUUGACUUGGUCAGGACACCCCAGAUGAGGAAACACACACUCAUCUUGAUGUACAACUGGUUCACAGGCUCGGUUCUGUACCAGGGCCUCAUCAUGCACACGGGCCUUGCCGGGAGUGACGUCUAUUUGGACUUCUUCUACUCCGCUCUGAUGGAAUUCCCAGCUGCCUUCAUCAUCAUUGUCACCAUCGACCGCAUCGGCCGCCGCUAUCCUUGGGCCGUGUUCAAUAUGGUGGCAGGGGUCGCCUGCCUAGCCUUAGUCUUCAUCCCUGAUGAUCUGCAGGGGCUGAAGAUCGCCAUGGCCUGUUUGGGCAGAAUGGGGAUUACCAUGGGCUAUGAGAUGGUCUGCCUGGUCAACGCUGAGCUGUACCCCACCUUUAUCAGGAAUCUCGGUGUCAUGGUCUGCUCCUCGCUGUGCGACAUCGGCGGCAUCAUCACGCCCUUCCUCGUCUACCGGCUCACGGCCAUCUGGCUGCAGCUCCCCCUGCUGGUAUUUGCUGUGGUGGGCUUGGUGGCGGGAGUACUGGUGCUGAUGCUGCCGGAGACCAAAGGGAAGGCUUUGCCCGAGACCAUCGAGGAGGCUGAGAACAUGCAGAGACCAAGAAGAAGUCGAGAAAAAGUGAUUUACCUCCAAGUUAAGAAGCCGGAGGGUCCACUCAAGUAA